GGACCUCAGCAACGGGAAUCUGGAAGGGUCGCUUCCGUCCGCACUCUUCACGCUCACGUCGCUUCAACAACUAAAUCUCAACGAUAACUCGUUAGAGGGCUCUCUGCUCGAUGCUAUAGGGAACCUGACCCAACUAACCCUGCUGUCUCUGGGCAGAAACGAGCUGUCAGGACCCAUUCCCGCCCCGCUCUCCAACCUCCAAGCCCUCAAGUACCUCCUUCUGAGUGACAACGAGCUGUCGGAGACAAUCCCAGCUGGGCUGGGGAGCAUCACAACUCUUGAGGCGCU